GUUGUUGUUUUAUGUGUUUCGUAACAAUUGCAAUUAAAAUAACAACAUGGCGUUAAAAAGUUAACGUGUAGUGAUAUGAGGACAAUAAAAAAAAAUAGUUUAAAUAAUAAUGUCCAACGCACCACCAAAUCGCCGCAAUGGUGCACAAAAAAUACGAUUAACAAUUUUAUGUGCUAGAAACUUGGUUAGAAAAGAUUUAUUCCGGCUUCCUGAUCCAUUUGCAAAGAUAUCUGUAGAUGGUAGUGGACAGUGUCAUUCAACAGAAACUGUGAAAAAUACAUUAGAUCCUAAAUGGAAUUCACAUUAUGAUCUAUAUAUAAGUAAAAGUGAUAGUAUUACAAUUUCAGUUUGGAAUCAUAGGAAAGUUCAUAAAAAACAGGGAAGUGGAUUUUUGGGAUGUGUUCGGAUAGUAAAUAAUCUCAUACAAAGGCUUAAAGAUACAGGAUAUCAGUGUUUAGAUUUAGGCAAAGCAAAUGCAGAAGACGAGCCAGUGAAAGGGCAAAUUAUCAUAUCUCUAUUAUCAAGAGAUGGACCAUGUGGGGGUACUCCUUUAGCAAUUGUAGGUCCUCUAGGCGAUCUUAGGGGACCUGCAGAUCAUGAAAAUUCUAAUUCAACUUCAAACAGUACCAAUACAGAACUGCCACCUGGCUGGGAAGAACGCAGAACUCCCAAUGGCCGAUUAUAUUAUGUUAAUCACAUCACAAAAUCAACACAAUGGAUAAGACCUCAAGCAAGUGCAAAGUCAAGAACAAACAGACCUAGGAUAAAUAAUAAUGUAAAUUUGAAUGUAGAUAAUAAUAAUAUUGAUACUAACAGAAAUAUAGAACCACUAAAUAAUAACACUCCUACAAUUACUACUACGACCACAACAACUGAAACAUCACAAUCUCCAGUAACACCAUCUUCCAGUACGACCACAGUAUCUCCCUUAAUUAGUCCACAAAAGGAACAACCAUCCCAACCACGAACAGUACCGACAACAUCAGCAACUACUCCUGCUCAAUCUCCUUUUGCUUCUGUAUCUCCCACAUCCACUGCAGUAGUUCCGGCGCCUAACAAUAUUAGUUGUAAUGCACCUUCAGUACCUGUUGCACCUGUUAAUACUGUCAGUACAUCUGUAGCUUCAACAAGCAAUGUUAGUAGACUAGUGAAUAGUCCACAACAAAGAAUAGCUACGAGAGAAAGAAGGCCGAGACCUAAUAAUGAAGGGGAAAGAAGAGAGGGUAGUAGUAGGAGAAGGCAAGGUAGGAAUAGGAAUUCAGUAAAUGGGGCAGCAUCACCUAGUGGAAGUAAUAAUAAUCAGAAUGGGCUUUUGGCAGCAAUGAAAAUGGAUUUGCCCCCUGGUUAUGAAUUACGAACUACUCAACAAGGACAAGUCUAUUUUUAUCAUAUACCUACAGGAGUGUCUACUUGGCAUGAUCCUAGGAUACCCAAGGAUCUUACUCCUUUAAGUCUUGAUUUGGAUCAUCUAGGACCUUUACCGCCUGGUUGGGAAAUGAGGCAAACCAGCUCUGGAAGGAUCUAUUUUGUGGAUCAUAACAAAAGAACCACUCAAUUCACAGAUCCUAGGUUGAAUUCUCAAAUUCUUAAUAAUAUUAUAAGGAGAAAUGGUCAAAACACAAGUCAACCCACCACCAGUACAACUAUUCCAACAGUCACCACUCCUACACCAACUGCUGUCAACAGUACAACUGAAACAGAUGGCCAGGCUUCUUCACAUCAUUCACAUCCAGAUCCUGUCUCACCUCGAAUCAGAGUUGAACAAAUUAGAAAUGAAGAUCUACCUCAGAGUUUAUUGAAUGAAUCUGAACAUUUACCAAAAUACCGACGGGAUCUAGUUGCUAAAUUGAAAGUUCUGAGAGCCGAAUUAAAUGCUUUACAACCACAAAGUGGACAUUGUAGAUUAGAGGUAUCUCGUAACGAAGUUUUUGAAGAGAGUUAUAGACUUGUAAUGAAAAUGCGUCCAAAAGACAUGAGAAAAAGAUUAAUGGUAAAAUUUAGAGGUGAAGAAGGUCUGGAUUAUGGAGGAGUAGCCAGAGAAUGGCUCCACUUGUUAUCUCGUGAAAUGCUCAAUCCUCAGUAUGGCUUAUUCCAGUAUAGUAGAGAUGAUCACUAUACUCUACAAAUCAACCCUGAUUCUUCUGUCAAUCCUGAACACCUGUCUUAUUUUCAUUUUGUGGGGAGGAUACUGGGAAUAGCAGUCUUUCAUAAUCAUCAGCUGGAAGGUGGAUUUACUUUGCCUUUUUAUAAACAACUUUUGAACAAACCAAUUACACUUCAGGAUAUCGAGGGAGUCGAUCCCGAGUUGCACAGAAGUCUCACCUGGAUGUUAGAGAAUAACAUCGAUGGUGUACUAGAUACUAACUUUGCUGUAGAGAACAACAGCUUUGGGAUUGUCAAAGUGCAUGAACUAAAACCAGGAGGGGCAUCAAUAUCAGUUACAGAAGAAAAUAAAAGAGAAUAUGUAAAACUUUAUGUAAAUUAUCGAUUUAUGCGAGGUAUAGAACAACAGUUCUUAGCUCUCCAAAAAGGAUUUUCUGAAUUGAUACCUUCAACUUCCUUGAGACCAUUUGAUGAAAGGGAGCUGGAACUUGUUAUUAGUGGAAUUGGAUCGAUAGAUAUUGCUGAUUGGCGUGCACAUACGAGAUUAAAACAUUGUACACCAGAAACGCCAGUAGUUCAAUGGUUUUGGCAAGCUGUAGAUUCUUAUUCUGAAGAAAUGCGCGCACGACUUCUACAAUUUGUUACAGGAAGUUCUAGAGUACCUCUUCAAGGCUUCAAAGCUUUGCAAGGCAGUACAGGUGCAGCGGGGCCCAGGCUUUUUACAAUACAUUGUGUAGAUGUGUCUCCACAAAAUCUGCCUAAAGCACAUACUUGCUUCAACAGAAUAGAUAUACCACCUUAUGAGUCAUAUCAGGUAUUGUUAGAUAAACUUACUCAGGCUGUUGAAGAAACUUGUGGGUUUGCAGUAGAGUGAGAAUAAACUGUUAACCAGUCUACUUAGCUGUGGUAGUUGAGAAGCUCAUUUGGAAGACUGUCAAAGUGCCUUUUUUAAGUUUUCACAUUCUUAUUCUAUUUCUCACAAGUGCCUAUUACGCUAGUCAUGAUAUCACACGAGCACCAAAACAUGAUAGAGCUUGUGCUAAAUCAAACUUUCUAAUGAUCACAUUUGAUUAUAUCGGGUUCUGUGCUUUCAAUCUAAAACUUAUUCGGGACGAUACUAUGUUGUACCUAAAACAUACCAAACUGAGUAAAUUUUCUUGAAAAAAGUCAGUGAUUGUUGUAACUUCUGUUGAGCUUAGCUUUAUGUAGCUGAAAAGCACGUGAAAGGCAUUUAAUACUGUCCAUAUUGUCUGUGAUUAAGAUCUCGAUUUGUUUUCUCUGAAUACAAUGCCUUAUAAGGAUCAAGAUCACAUCAGCAAAUUUGGUAAAUAUUUAAAAAUCAAUCUAUAAUUACGAAAAUUAUUUUUGUUAUAAUCCAGACCAUACCAUAUAAACUUUGCAUAUCCAUUAAAAGCCUUACAUUUAAAAAUCACAAGUAGAAUAUACAAUUAUUAUUUUUAACAUUUAUUCACAGAAAUGUUCACUACUUGUUUUAAAAAAAUUUAAAGUGAGGCAGAGUUUGCAAAUUCAUUUAUAAGCUAACCUCACAUAUUCAUAAUAAAUUUUUGACUUGAAACUUUCAAAUCGUAAAAUAUCUUUUUCGUAAUUCUAGAUAAGUACGUUUUUCCACUAUGUAUAGAUCUUUCAUAAAAGGUAGCUAAUUAAGUUCAUAAUACUGCCUGAUAUGGUAUUUCUUUUAUAUUAAAUUUGUUUUUAUUUUUUAAGGACACACUCAAAUUGUAAAAAAUACUUCUUUAAAAAAGUACUAAUAGAGCAGCACUGAAAAAUUCUUGAUAAUAAUUAGAUGUUCGGAUUCUAGUAUACGAAGAAAAAUACAAAGGACUCCCAAUGUAUAUGUAAGAGCGGGGAGCCAUCAAUAUUUACCAAAAAUUUAGAUUUGUUCAAAAAAUUUUAGGAUUUCAAUGGAAUAAAGCUAAUAUAUACAUUUUUCUAAAUAAACUGAAAUUUCAUCAAAUUGAAUUUUGAAAAUGCACGAUAUUUUUAGAUUUAUUUAUGUUGAAUAAGAAUUAAUUUUGAUAAAUAUUCUAUUUCAAUCACAAGUUCACUUUUUUUUGUAAACAACUUUUCUAAUUUUCAGUAAUAGCUUAGGUUUCUUGAGGAUCUUUAAUAUACUUUUCAAGGUCUUCAAGAUAGUAUUUGUUGUUACAAAUCCUAUUUAUCCUAUUCCUUUAUUUUUUAUCACACCAAUAUAUUACCUAACAUUGAAUAUUCUAUUUAGGAAUCCUUCACAGAAACUGAUUGUAACAUUCUUUGCUUCUACAUAUAUAUAAAGAUAAAUGUUUUGUUUUAAUGAAAAUUGUCACUAAUGUAAGAAGUUUCGCCUUGAAAAAUACUCGUUUUUGUUCUUCUUCCAACUUAACCAAGUUAUUUCAACAGUCUCUGUAAAGCUGUCCUAAUAAUGAACACAUGGAGUAACCACGUAGGGUAGCCAGUCCCGAGCUUUUUGGAAUUUGCUGAAGUAACACAAUAAUGACAGAUUGUUUAUUGGAUUCAAAAAUUCUUUACUAAGUUUCACAAAAUUUUAUGCCAAUAUACUACAUUUUUAUUAUACCAUAGGAUAAGUUAAUGUCAUUAUUAGAUAUUUUUGAAAAUUAUGUUCUUAUUAAAUGUUGAUGCAGCCUUGGAUUUUUUUGUUGUUGCACAAAUAAAUAUUAACAUUUAUAAAACAAUUUGUACAUAAUUUGCAUGAAAAUUGGUAUUGGAUAAGGACAAUAGAAAUAAUCAACCCUACAUUCACUUAUUAUGUUGCUUAUUUCAAUGAUUUUGAAAAAUCUAAUUAUCAUUACUUAUGCUGCAUUACAUGGUAUAAUAAUAAUUUACUAAAAUUACCUUAAGUUUUUGUGAUAUUUGAUGUAAUCCAUUUUCAAGCAUAAAAAUAAUUAACAGUCUAUUCUACUACAAAAGGUUAUUUUGAUCAAGCCAUAGGAAAAUUGGGAAAAUAUUUUUAUUACCGAUUGUGUGUUACUCUGCAUGUUUGAAAUAUUGCCAAAUGUCUAUUUAGUACCACUCAUGCUUUGAUGUUAUAUUAACAGCAAAAUCGUCGAAAUAAAAGUUAUCUGACAUCUAAUUAAAAGCAUUGAAUUGCCUUUGCAAUAUUGACUUUUAAAAUAAUAGUAUUGUAAAAAUAAUUUUAGUUAAAAAAAAUAUAAAAAAAUACUCGUGAUUUUGUAUGCUUACCUUCAAACAGCACCUGAAGUCUAUUUAUUGAAGAAAAAUAGUAAACCAUAUUUACGCAUAAUUAUCCGAGUUGAAAACGCCAAAGCCGAGCCUGCAACAGAACCGUGAGGUCUGAAAUAGAUGCAAAAUGAACGGCCAAAAUAUGGAACACAUUCAUUUAAAAAUAUGUGUAUUGAAACAUUAAAAUAAAAUCUUAAUUUUUUACCUCAAUACACUAACACAUUUUCUUAUUUCCCAUCAGAUGGCAUUGAGCUUCCACUGUCGUCAACAUUUAUGAUAAAGGGUUCAACUUGCUCAUAAAUGACAAUAUCUUUAUUCCACAUUGUGGAUUUAACCUUUUCCUGGAUAUGUUGAAAAGACUCUUCCACUUAUCAGGUAUAAUUCUGUGGAUAGCUUCGUGGAAAAUAUUUUCAACAUCAGAAAAUUAAAUGUUUUUUUUUCUGCUGCAACAUAUUGUUUCAUAUAUGCCCAGAUCAACUCAAUAGGAACUCCAUACAUGGCUCCGCGCGGUUCUCUAUCAGAAAGCAUCCUCUCCAAGAGUCCCAGACGCAACCCCCUCCCCCUGGAUGAAUCCCACCAAAUUUGUCAAAGCUCGGUCCUCCGGAUUGUCCACGUACCGCUCUCGCAAACUGGGCCAAAAAUAUUUCGAAGAGCCUUACGUUCCCAGCAGCUCUAAAUCCGCUCACUUGUCGUCGUCACAGUCCAUGUCACGCAUCCUUAUGUGACUAUGGAAUGGAUUAUUGUCUUGUAAAUUUGAGCUUUGACCUUUGUGAGAGCCCUCUAAACUUGACCGCUUGAAUUGGUGGCAUACAAAGGAGCGUUGCUCUCUGACUUGGAACGUAGUCAGGGUUCUCCUUGAGGUUCUCAUGUGCAUGGUUUUCUGUUAUUUGAUUUUGUCAUCUUGCUUCAACAUUACAUAUAUAUAUAUAUAUAUAUAUAUAUAUAUAUAUAUAUAUAUAUAUAUAUAUAUAUACAUAGACGAGGAGCUGUGUGAGCCUAUUGCAAAUAGUUCCUGCGGCACAUUCUCCUGAUGCAAGCCUGUGAAUCAACAAUCUUAACAACAUUUCUUAAUUUUUCUAAGGUCUGCUUUUUCUAAUAAACUGUCCCUUCUUCGUUUUUUUGUAUUGAAAUCCCAUUUCUUUCAAUAAAUUAUAAAUCCGACAAAUCCUUAUCUUCGUUAAUUGCUCUCAGAAUGUUUUCCACUUUAGAUAACUCAAGAAAAAAUUGUGCACAAUUCUUUUGUCGACAUCAUCAAUUGAAUUGUUAUUUUUUCCUUGAUGGAUACUUUUUUGGGUCGGCCACUGAAUGAUUAGCUCUACUCACGAACGAUUCGGUACAUACUUGAUGAAGAUACUCCCGAAAUAUUAGCCUUUUUGGAAAUAACGUCAUCAACAGUCUUGUCAUCAUUUUCUUGCAUUUUUUUUAAAUAAAUAUACACAAUCAUUUGUUUUUUGCUAGCAUUAAAAAGAAGCCUUUUAGGCGGAGUAUAACUAAUGUCAACAACUUCAUCAAUUGUAGCCGUGUCAGACAUGUUUAAGAAAAUCACGCAACAGACAAAAAUAAACAACGAUGCCGCGUCGCGUUUCGCCCGGUAUAUUCACGUGCAGAUUAUUAUUUUGGUUUACUAUUUUUCUUUGAUAAAUAGACUUUAACUUAACAUAAAAUGUCUACAUUUAAUCCAAUCUUCCUAUAUGAAGAGCAUCAAAUUAGGUGAAUGUAAAAAGACCAAAUAUUAGGUUGUCAAAAUUAUUUAUUAGUCAACAUGCAAUGAAUUAUAUUUAUUCUAAAGACACAUUUAUCAAAUGAACAUAAUCAGUCUUUUUAUUUUUAUUAGAGCCUCUUCAAUGUAUUCAAUAAUUUUAGAUUGCAAUGAAUCUUUUGAUCUGUAGGUCCUUUAUAAAGACUCUCCUCUGUUAGAGGAGAGUCUAUCAAACUUCCAUAGGCACUAUUAAUUUAUGUAUAUGCAUAAACUUUAUGAAAUUCCUGGUCUGUACUCGAAUUCGAACCAUUCAAUGUUCAAUUGUUUUCCAAUCCAGUUGUAUAGUUUAUUACUGUAUAGUUUUACUUUAAAUUAUUUAUGUAAUAAGUAAAUGUAAUAGUAGUUCCACUACGACCAAAUAUUAUAUUUAAUAUAACUUGAGUUAGUAAAGAACUGAUCUAUGUUUGUUACUGAGUAUUCAAAGCUGUGCCUUGGUUCUAUUAAUGUUUUAACACUUCUAUAUAAUCAGAAGUAUAUUUAUGAAAUGUAGCUUGGAAAAAAUUUCAUAUGAAAAGAAUUUUCGGACAUCUCCCCAAAAAUGUUUUAUAAACAAGCAUUUUUUAAGCUCAAGACAAUAGCAAAGGAAUCUGGCAGAAAAACUGGUUUCAAAGGAAAAAAACUCACUUUUAGUUUUCCCUUAAACUAUAUUUUUGGUUUUCCGUUUUAUAACAUAGAAUUAUGUUGUUUUGUACAUCAAUUCACUAAAUCUGGUUAAAACAUUUGAGACUGCUAAAACAUUUAAGUUUGUAAGAGGUGUGUCAACAUUUAUAUUCAUAUUAUAAACGAAAUAUAUUUGAAUUCGACAACACUGUUAAUAUUGCAUAGAUAGUUCUUUAUAAAACUGGGUUAAAGGAAAUAUUUAAUUUACUCUUUGUUUACGGAUAACUUUACUAACAUUUUUACAAAAAAUGUCAUUUAUACUGCUUGGAUAGGAUUAAAUAUAUUUGGAAAGAAAUAAAAAUUCUAUAUUUUUCUAUAUAUUCAAAAUUUGUCCAGAUUUACACAUUAACCGAAUCUGGUAAUUCUCAAGUCAGCUUAACAAUAGCUAAAAGUGCAGCUUUGCUGAUUUUCCGUGGAAUAAUAAUAAUCUUUUGUACUUUUUCGUUUUAUUGGAUCUGACGGACUACAGAUCUCCAUCAAAUAUUUUCAUUGUUGUGACAAAUUAAUAUUCUUCUGUCUUACAAUUAGCAAGUAUAAAUUAUAUAAUUCAGAUGUAAAAUCCAAUUUUUUCCACAUUGUUUUUAUUUCAUAAUCUGGUAUACCCCUUGAUUUAUGGCUUAGUUAUUAAAAUAAAAUGUUUCCAUUAUUAUUCCAUAAUAUGGUAGUAUAAAACAAACAAACUUAUAUUUUUAGCACUGGUCAAAUGAAAACUAAGGGUUUCUUUUAGAAAUGUAGCAUUAAUUUCAUAGUUGUGUGAAUCUGUCAAAUUUAUAAUUCUAUUCUAAGUCGUCCCAUUUUUUUCUUUAUUCCCUGCCUUACUUGUCAAAGUUUAAGACCACAUUUCAAAUAUUUUUUCCUUUCACCUUUCCAGAUUUCGUAUAAGGAUUCCUGUUGUACCCAUUUCUUCCAAUGUAAUCUGUCUGUUGCCUUUAUAUGGUCUAUUUCUUAGACUCCCCUUUCGUUUUUUUUUGUAGUAAAUUUGUCACUUGUAUACUUUUAAAACUAUUCUUAUAUUUUCUUUAUUAUUAUACAAUCAUUAAUUUGGGUUUAUAUAUGUUAAAUUUUCAUUUUUUCUAUUUCUAAGAAAACAAUUUCAAAUUGAAAAAAAUAUACUUGACAGAAACGCCUUUGUAUUUCAUUAAAUACUUAGGUACAAAUUAUUUAAUAAAUUACUUUCAUUUAUUACCCUAUUAUACUCCCAGAUAAAUAAUAUGUCUAUUGUUAUUAGUAUUAACAAUCACCAUAUACAACAAUUUUUUUUACGUUUAAUUUGACCAGGUAUAAAAAAUAGACAUGAUACAAACAAUGUUUACUUAUUCAUUUUCUAGUUAUAGAAUUACUAGAAAUCGAUAAAUGAUCAGAGGUUUUAUUUAAAUUGGCCAAUUAUUUGGCAGUUAGUUAUAAGUAAAGUUUAUAAACAGGCAUCGUACUCAUUGUCACAAAAACUAAAAAGUCGAACUCAUCAACAUUUAAUAUAAUAAAAUCGAUAUUAUUUGCAGUUGAACUUUCGUUUUUCAUCAUAAUAAUGAUAUCUCACUCAUUAAUAAGCAGCUAAAGGUACUUUAUUUUAUUUCUUUCAAAAUAUAAUUGCUAGUAUUUGAAACUGCCAAUACAAUAAGUAUAUAAAUAAAUUUUUAUUUAAAAUAUAUUCAGUAUGUGUUCAAAAACACAGUAUUAUCGAUUUUAUUACUGCUAAAGUUGGGUAAUAGUAAGAUUUAAUCUGCAAUAUCGAAUUGUAACAAUUUAUACGAUGUCUAUAUAACCUAAAAUUUAAAAUUAUUCGAAAAAGUCUGUGUUAAAACCUUAUAGUUGUGAUGUAAAAAUUUUAUUUAACUUACUCCAUUAAAAUUUUCGAUGUAAUGCCGGCAGGCAUUUUUAUAGAAGAAAUUGUUAUUCAAACUGUAAUACUUAACCUGUUGAAUAAAUGCUUUACUUUCUUAA